AUGAUUCAUACACACUUCAGCUUGUGUAUACCUCCCGUGACCAUCUUGUUGGUGGCGCUGGUGGGCUGCCUCGGAGACGAGGAGGCGUGCGGGCCCAACCGCUGGAGGACCCCGGCGCUGCCGCCCGACAACCGGUUCCUGGUCACCGUCAACACUUUAGGAGACAAGUACAUCCCAAACCAGCGUUAUGAUGUGUCGUUAUACUCGAGGGACAAGGAAGAUUCCUUCAUAGCAUUCACCAUAUCAGUGAUCGAGGACACGGAGGAGAACCCCAGGAACUCCCGCAGGCCGCGCCCCCUGAACCCUGGGCGCCUGUUCCCCUCGGAGGACGACAACAUCAUGUUCCACAAGUACUGCAACAAUACGCUCAUUGAAGCUGAUAUACGACCGAAGAACGCUGUGAAGGCGUUAUGGAUAGCCCCACCGAAAGGCAACAAAUGCGUGACGAUCUACGCCGUGGUGGCGGUGAAACCUGACGUGUGGUACAGCUACGAGGGCCCGCUGUCCAGGAAGAUCUGCGAGAACCAGCGCAAGGCCGAGGACAUGCAGCCGCUGGAGAACAACAACUGCCAGGCUUGUGAGGAGGCCAGGUAUCAGAUAUUAUUUGAGGGCAUGUGGUCCCUCAACACCCACCCACGAAUGUUCCCCGUGACGGAGUCCCUAGCGCGCUUCAGCGACGUGGUGGGCGCCUCCCACAACCAGAACUUCAACCUGUUCAAAUACAACGCGGAGGCUACUCCAGGCCUCAAGAUGUUGGCGGAGCAAGGGAACACCACCACCUUAGAGAUGGAGAUUCAGGAAGAUCUUGGGGAAAACGUGCGCACCCUGAUCAAAGCCACCGGGCCACGCAGCACGGACUCCUCCACCAUAUCCAGUUUCCGAGUGAGUCCUGAGAAGCACAUGGUCUCCAUCGCGACCGCGCUGCUGCCGUCCCCCGACUGGUUCCUGGGGGUGUCGAACCUGGAGCUGUGUGACGUCAGCACCAACCAGUGGGCGAAGACCGUUAACCUGAAUUUGUAUCCCUUAGACGCAGGAACUGAUAGCGGAUUGACUUUCGAAUCUUCCAACGAAGAGACUCUGCCGCACCACCCGAUCUCAUCAGCCAACAUCGGCAACGUGCCCACGGACCAGAUUAAACCUUUCGCCCGGCUUCGGUUCACCCUCAUCCGAACUUACAGCAAGCCUGAAUGUUUGGACCUCACCACUACCACUGAGAGCGAAAAACAAGAUGCUGAUGAUUCGAACGAUGUUGUGCCCAGUUCGGGCCGCCAGGAGGUGCCUAAAUGGAGAACGACGACGCCCGAAAGCACGGAAACGGAAGCUGACGAGUCGAGUGAGACAACGAAGGCGGUGCCAGCAAUAUGCGCGGUGAAGCCCUGGGGCGAGUGGCAGCCCUGCGAGGGCCGCUGUGUGGGCGGCGUCAGGCGGGGCAUGCAGUUCAGAUACAGGGAGUUUAAGAAUCGAAGAGCAGAAGCGGAGUGUAUCGAGCAGGUGCCCACGACUGCCUACCAGCAGUGCGAGGAGGACUGCUCGCAAACUACCACCGAACUGCCCGAGGAGUAGCUGGACAGAGAA